AUGAAGAGACAGGGUUCCCAAGGCAACCGGAAGCUAAACCAAUGUGGAGCCAGAAUCAGAAUCAGGAUCAGAGCACAAGCUGCUCAGGUCCAACUGUGUCCUCUCCUCCCUCUCCAAGAUAUGUUUACCUUCGCUCCCAGUGCCUCAGAAAAUGAUGGCAGAGUAAGGAGCCAGGUCUCAAGCACUGGAAACAAAUACCUCUUUCUGAAUGAGGACGACCAGUCCCUGUGCAUUUCUCACAGGUUUGUCUUUUCUUCCCAGGUUCAUCAAACAGAGGGAAAGAUAAUUUACUACCCUAGUGGAAAGGUCUUCCAAGUUGUCUUUCCUGACAGUUCAGGCCAGCUACAUUACCCGUCGGGAAACCUGGCUUUACUCAUCCUCACUACCAAAGAAGGAAAUUUCACAUUUAUCAUUCUGGAGGACAAUAAAGAGAAGUAUUUCCGGGCCUUUGUCAACAACAAGGGUGAUGCCACCUUCUAUGAUGAAAACGGAGAAAUCUGUCUGAACCUGAGCCCAAACCUGGGCUACUACUUCCCCAAAGGCCAACACCAGAAAGCCUGGAACUGGUGGAACCUCAGCAAUCAUGUCCAUGCACCCCCUGUCCAGUCCAUCUCCUUGAAAAUCAACCAGCACAUCAAGUUCAAUAUCAGGAACCAGGAGACGGUCAUCUUAAGCUUCACCUGUGGGAAGAAACAUAUUUACUUAAACAUGGGCACCAAAUACAAGUUCAUAAGCUCUGAUGAGUUGACUGAAAUGAAGAAGGUGGCCACCCUGGAGGUAGAAGUAGGGUUGACGGCUCAGAAGAUCCAGACUCUCCUGGGGAAGAUGAGUAAGCUCCUGAACAUCCUGACAGCCUAUGAUCUGGAAACCUUCAUCGCUGAGGCCGGGGUCUUGCUGAUAAAGUGCAUGAUCGUGAAAUCAGCUAAAGGCUGGGUUACCAGGCUGCCCUAGGGGGCUCUUCUGAGUGUCCCAAAAGAGGGGAUCAUCAGGAGUGACAGAAAGACCCCCCAUAACAGCUUAUGUCUACUGAAGUCGGUAUGUAAUUCAGGGCCUGUUACAGCUCCUGGGUUUAAGAACAAGCUUUCAGGGGGUUGACAGGAUCUGUGACUAGUCACUGAAAUGAUAUAAAAGUCAGUUCUGACCUGA